AGGCCUCCCAAAGUCCUGUCCCAGCCUGCCUCAACUCCCUGCCAAGCCCUGCGUUGGCGCCUUCAGGGCAGGCCUCCCCUUCCCUUGCUUCAAAGUCCAGCACGGCUCUCCCCAGGUGGCUCGCGGUGAAUGGGAAUCCCCGGGAGGCCGAGAGGGUCGGAGCCCCUGCUCCGCAGCCUGUGGGUGGGGGAGCACCUACCCCGGGAUUCUGCUGCGAUGGGGACGAAAUAUGUGGAGGAGACGGCGAAGAAAGCAGAGGAGCUGGCCCUGAAGCUGGCUAAGGCCAUCGAGGGCGGGGACAAGGAGCUGGCACGGGAGUGUGCUGGCGGGCUGGCUGAGCAGCGGGCGCCCGUGACGGUGCAGGUGAAGCCGGAGGCCUACCCCAAAAAGGAAAUCAGCUUGUGGGUGGGAGUGGAGGACGCCCAGAUGACCACAGUCCCCAUCUACCUGCAAGUCAAUCCUCAUAUGACUUUGGCUUCUCUGAAGGACAUGGUAUUCCUCCACUACGGCUUCCCACCCAGUGUUCAGCAGUGGGUGGUGGGCAAGAGGCUCCCCGGAGACCAGGAGACCCUGCACUACAACGGCAUCCAGCGAGAUGGUGACAUGGCCUAUCUCUACCUCAGGUCUGCCAAAGAGGCCAAGCUCAGCAAAGAGACAUUCCAGAGGGAGCGGCAGCGCCGAGUCCUGGCAGAACUGGGCUUCGGCGACAUCAGCCUGCAGCCUCGUGGGAGCCAGGAACUGGCGGACGCGGGGCUCGGAGCCGGGGCGCAGGAGCAGGACAGCCUGUGCAUGGAGGAGCUGAGGCAUGAGCUCUCGCAGGUGGAAGCCGCCCUGCCCCCUGAACCCCCCAAGGUCGGCUGGGUCUGUCCGAGCUGCACCUAUGUCAACAAGCCCACCCGCCCCGGCUGCGAGAUCUGCUGCAAGGAGCGGCCCGAGGACUACGCGGUGCCCCCGGCUUACCAGCCGGACGAGGAGGAGCUGGCGAGGAUGAGGAACGAGGAGGAAGCUAUGAGGCAGUCCCUACAGGUGACGGAGCAGCAGAAGAUCGAGAACUACCAGCACAUCCUGCAGGUGGACAGGCAGAGCCUGGUGCCCACCGCUGAAGUGAUCGAAUGUCCCAUCUGCUUUGUGACCCUGCAGCCUGGAAAGGGGGUGACCCUGCGGGAGUGCCUGCACUCCUUCUGCAGGGACUGUCUGAAGGGGACGAUCCUGAACAGCCUGGAGCCGGAGGUGCCCUGCCCGUACAUCGACGAGAAGUACUCCUGCUCGGGACAGCUGCUGGAGCGUGAGAUCAAAGCGCUCCUGAGUGCUGCCGAAUACCAGCGCUUCCUGGACCUGGGCGUCUCCAUCGCCGAGAACCGCAGCCGGUCCAGCUACCACUGCAAGACCACGGAUUGCCGGGGCUGGUGCAUCUUCGAGGACGACGUGAACGAGUUUGCCUGCCCCGUGUGCCAGAAGGUGAACUGCUUGCUCUGCAAGGCCAUUCACGAGAACAUGAACUGCAAGGAGUAUCAGGACGACCUCAAGCUCCGGGCUCAGAACGACCAGGCUGCCAGGCAGACCACCGAGAUGCUGACGCUGAUGGUCCAGAGCGGGGAGGCCAUGCACUGUCCCACCUGUAAGAUCAUUAUCCAGAAGAAGGACGGCUGUGACUGGAUCCGCUGCACUGUCUGUCACACGGAGAUCUGCUGGGUGACCAAGGGGCCGCGCUGGGGGCCAGCGGGCCCGGGCGAUACCAACGGGGGCUGCCGCUGCAGGCUGAACGGCGCUCCUUGCCAUCCCCAGUGUCACAACUGCCACUGAGCACGCAGAAGCCAAGACGAAGGAGGGGGUGGCCGCUCCCUACACAGUGCUCCAGCCCCGUUGGGGGGGCACACAGCUCCCCUCGAGCCCCUGGCUACUCUCCCCACCAUGCCUUCACACCCUGGGGCCAGGCCUGUCGGUUUCUGGCUCCCUGAGCCCACCACAGACUCAUGUGUCCGCUCGGGGAAGGACUGCGCAGGUCAGCAGCCAUGGGGCGAGCGGAGCGUUCCUGUUUCAUGGAUUGAAGGCGGACUUAGGAGAAGGCUGGGUGCUGGCUGCCCCGUGCUGGGAACCCAGUGCCCUGUGAAAGUUGAGGGGGCCCUACCUCACAAGCUGCUCCCUUCGCGUGUCCUGCUGCAGCAGCUGUGGAGAAAAUGACCGGGCUGGGUUGGAACAGCAGGCUGGGAACAUUCGGGCUCCUCUAGUUCAUGGAGGUGGCAGGUACAUUAGUGUCCCUCAGGCUUGAAGGAGCCCUUCCUCAUCCCUUAGGGAAAACAUGGCUCCCCUCACCUAUAGGUCAGCAUUGCAGCCUGAGCCAUUUUGCCAGCCACAGGGAAAAGGGUUUUUGGUGCCCCGCAUCUCCCAAGUGGCCAAGCAGAAAAAAGGGCCAGCCCCUCAGAGAGAAGCAAAACUGCUGAGCAGUGCAGGGGACUGCCUGGGCCACCACCCCUCCACCUGGCUCCAGUUACAGCCUGCCCGCUGCAGCCCAUUGGCACGUCUCAGUCAGCUGGUGCAGCAGGCCCCAGCCCAGCUGGCGUGCACAGUCCGCUCCAGGGCACUGGGGACAGACCGGGCAGUGUUGGGUUCUUAGCAGGCAGCUUUCGUUGCCCUCCACCUGGAUUUACAAUAAAGAGCCAGAAGUUUGUGUGUCGA